AAUGGGAUGUCAGGGGCUCAUUCCCUGCCCCCUUUUAAGUGAGACCGCUGCUCGGAGAAAAUGACACUCGAUCGGCUCGCGCAAAUAUGAAGUCUGAGGAAGUUGACGACAUCGAAGAAUUAAAUAAUUUACCCUUCGAUUCUGUUCGGAUUGCCCCGUAUUUGGCAGAGCUGAGGCAAAAAGCAGAAACAGAAAAAAACAUUCGACACUUGGAUUUGUCGAAACAAUUUCUGAUACGUUUUUUGAAGGCGAGAGACUUUGAUGUGGCAUUGGCGUUUAAGCUUUUAAUCAACUAUCAUAAAUGGAGACAAGAAUGUCCAGAAAUAACUGCCGAUCUACGGCCAUUAUCCGUCAUAGGGCUUCUCCAAAACAAUUACCAUGGAGUUUUAAGAUCACGAGAUGAUGCUGGAGGCCGAGUUUUGAUCUAUCGUAUCGGUCAGUGGAACCCCAAAGAAUUUACAGCUUACGAGGUUUUUCGUGUGAGCCUCAUUACGUCAGAGUUGAUUGUUCGAGAGUGGGAGACUCAAAAAAAUGGACUCAAAGUGAUUUUUGAUCUCCAAGACUGGUGCUUUGCUCAUGCUCUACAGAUAAAUCCUUCCUUGGCAAAAAAGAUAUCUGCUGUACUCACAGAUUCCUUUCCUUUAAAAGUACGCGGGAUCCACUUGAUAAACGAGCCCAUAUUUUUCCGUCCCGUCUUUGCCAUGAUCCGUCCAUUUCUUCCAGAUAAAAUCAAACAACGGAUUCAUAUGCAUGGCUGUUCAUAUGUCCGAAGUCUCUGCAGUUACUUUCCGAAGGAUAUCCUCCCUCCUGUGUAUGGAGGAACGGGACCAGGUAUAGAUGAAGUGUGCCAAGAGUGGACUGAGUUCAUCAUGCAGUCUGAAGAUUAUCUCUAUAGGCUCUCUAUAGACUUGCGCAAGCCGCAUGAAUCAGGCGGUGGAGGAGAUGCUUCUCACAGUCAUCCGCCUUUGACUAAUUAAAAUAAAGGUACUUCUCAUCUUUGAGUUCUGCUGUGGGAUAAUAAUUAAGGAUAAUAUUGCUGACUUAAAUUGUAAUUAUUUACUAAAUAUGAUUUUUUUUUUUUACUUUUAUUUUCAUUCCAGGAUAGGAAAAGUGACAUUCCUAGUUAUCACAUUUGGAUAAUGUGAUUUUAUUGAAUUCUAUAUCACACAGAUAUUCUUUGCAAGUACUUGAUAUACCUCUGAAGAUACAAUAUAGCAUUAUAUUUCAGAUGUUUGUUGCUUUUAGAAGAAGGAUUUUGUGGUCUUUUUAAAAUAACACAACUAGUGUACAAUGUUGUAUGAGACUGAAAUAUCAAAGUGCCUUUGUUUCUUUUACUUGUGAAUUGUCAUUGUUUUUAUUGUAUUAUUUUCAUAACAAUAGACAAAACUCAGGAUGUUACAAAACGUAAGCCUCUGUGUUUAUGGAGUCAAAUGAUCUGUAAUGUAAUGGUAAACCACAGCAUUCAGUAACCUUUGCUAUAUUUUAAAUAAAUAAAAAGCUGAGGGCAUGUACUUAUUUAGUUUACUCUAAGUGGGAUUGUAAAGUGGAACUUUGGUCUAUUGCCUUUAGCUCUGGACCUUAAACAAAUAUAACCAGAGAGGAAUGACCUUACUGGAGCUCUUAAUGUUUACAGAUUUCCUCAAAUGUGAGUUUCUGAAACCAUGUAUAUAUUUCUUGUUCUGUUUAUUGCACCUUUCCUGUCAGUCUAAUGACAGAAGGAAAAUCACUGUUUUACAUUAGUAGCUCAUUAUUUUAUUGUGUUGUCAUCUAUUGUUAUCCAACUACAACUUUAAAUAUUUUUUCCCCACUUUAAUGUACAUUACCAUAAUGAUAAAAAGAUAUACACAGACACACAAUGUGCUACUCAAAUAAACGUGGGAACUGGACAAUCGCAAA